AUGAAAAGGAUAAACAGGCCUGUGGUCAGUAUUCCGAGGCAAGAUAUUCCUCAAAGUAGAAGAAGGAGUGCUAGAAUUACUGGUUCAAGCACUUGAAAAUAAUAUUAGAGCUACAAAAGAUUGGAAGGAUAGAUUCUUCUGAUUCAGAAAAGAGAAACCUUUUAACGAUACAACUCCAAGAGGUAGUUAUUCCACUUGUAAAUCAAACAAAUGGAAAGUUUCAUCUAGUACUGAUAUUAUGAGACAAGCUAGAGGCAUACAAUCUUUCCUCUCCUCAAUGAAUAAGUCAAGAUCUGUAAGGAAGGGCCGUAGCAAAGAAACCAAUAUCUCAAUGCCAAAAACAAAAGAGAAAGGCUUCCUUGUUACUGAAGAACAUCAAAGAAAAGCAAGUGAUAAGAGGUCAAUUAAAGUCAGAAAUAUUUUGAGAUCAAAGUUGACUUAUGAACAAAAUAAUAUUAUCCAAGCAGUGAUCAAGAACAAUUUUACAUAUCUUAAAAGAGUUCGAGAUAAAAGAGAUCAGAAAGACUUCAGUGUUCAUGAUAAAAAAGGAAACUGAGCCCUUUACUAUGCAAUUAAAGAAGACUGCUAUGAAGCUGCAGAAUACCUAAUAAAUAAGAUUGGAUGAGAUGUCAAUGUUAAAAAUGAAAAUGGCAACACCUGUCUCCACCAAGCAAUGAUGAGGGACAACAUUGACAUUAUUUUACUUCUACUUAAGAGUGGGGCUAAUCCAGAGGCUUUUAACAAAUUCAAUGAGACUCCUAUAUUCUAUGCCUCCAAUAGGGUGUUAUCCAAAUUUGGGUUACGGAAUAAAAAGGCAUGCUUGCUUAAAGAUUUCAAAGGAUUCCCUAGUAAGGAAAAGCAGCAAAAUCACAAGAGAAUACGGGUAAACCUCCGUCCCAAGAGAAACGAUAAGCAAAAAUAGAAUACAUCAGCUUCAAAUUGAAAGAGAAAUGAGCCAAGAGAUCAAAGAUCUUCAAAAACGAACAAUCAAGAUCAUGCCGACUGAAACAGAGUCAAAAUUUGGAAGACAUUAUAGCCAAGUGAGCCCAUCCGAUGUCCAAGGAAUUAACUUAAAGUUUACACCUCAAAAUAAAAGAAACGAAUUGAAAGAAAAACCAAAGACUUUAAAGAAAAAGAAGACAAUUAAGAGGACUCUUAUAUCUAGAGCCAUUUCAAAAACUGCAAGGAAAGGACCAGAGCCACUAGGAGGCCCGAAUCAUGGAGAUUUCUCAUCUUUAUGACCCAACGAAAGAUAUGCUAUAAAAGAUAGUUCUCCUCUAUAUCCUCAAGAAGUGUAUUUUGAUAUAUAGUUUUCAA